UUUGCCUCAUGGGCUAUUGACCCGUAGCCCUUGCGGUCUACGGGUCUAAUUGUUAAAUAGUCCUCUCUUUACAUUCAUGCUUGGGUUCAAGUAUAUUUCCUCUCUAAUGUUGGAUUUCAAAACCAUUGAUCAUGUUUCAUCCUGCCUAUAACAUUGCCACUGACUUAUACCCCUUAACACUGGAGGUCAUCAACUAUUCCAUGGCUAACCUGAUGUUUGGUGGUCAUUGUCUGGUACAAGGAAUCAAGAGACUCCAUGGCUUUGGAGAGAGAUUCUUCAGUGACCUGAAUUUUAUUGUGACAACAAAAUGGAAGCUCCUUUUGCUGUUUUUCACAAUACUGUAUGGAAUCUUUAGACUUCUACUAAAGACCCGUGAGGAAGUCAAGCCCACUGAAGAUACAUUUUUUCUCCCAAGAUUAUUCAAUAUGAUCAAGAAUGCUCAUAAACCUGGAAUGGCCACAGAUGUUAUCUCCCUUAUUGAAAAGCACAGCAUAGAUGUGAACAGGAAACACCCAAAAUCAGAUUCUGGUUUAACUUUGUUUUUGUGUGCCUGCUUGAGUGGUGACAGCAGUCUUAUAGCAUACAUGAUAAAUAAAGCAGGUGCAGAUGUAAAUUUGAACACUACUUGCAAAGACAGCCCUCUUCAUCUUGCCAGUUUUUGUUGUGCCACACAAAAUGUAACCAAUGGCUUUGGAGUUAUCACCUCACUGUUGGAAGCAGGAUGCAACAUAAAUUCCAAAAACUGGCUCGGUAAUACUCCUUUGGCUAUUGCUGCAUCAUCUGGAAAAUGCAGCCUUAUCCGUCAUUUGAUGUCUUUAGGUGCAGACAAGAGUAUUUGCAAUAAUGACGGAAUUUACGCCAUGGAUUUUGCGAUAAAUGCAGGUCAUCUUGACGCAGCAAAUUUGCUGGCUAUUGACGUUCCCAACCCACAUGUUUGGGACAUCGUUGAACCCCAUACUCCUCCACGAGUAAAGCUUGGCCUUCAGAGUCCUUCCAAGCAGCACUUGGUGUUUUCGUCCUUCCGAAGGAGACGCAUGGAUUUUAAGACUCUUGCUAAGUAAAAGACACGUCAUGGUUUGAAUUAUACGUGGUAAUAUCAAAUGUAAUAAGGCUGCAUAGGGUUGAAGUGCAGUGGAUCGUGCGUAAUUAUGAUUGCGUACUAUUCAGUUGAUGCCGGAAGAGUUCAAUCGUUUGACAACACAACUAAGAUACUCUUCAAGCAUUAUUUGUGUUGCCACGGUCUUUUUAAGCAUUCGCCGGCAACAUUCAACCGUUUUACAAUGCCCAUACAAUAUCAAUUCAGUUACUUGGCAUGUUUCGGCCCGCGCCUUCACACGUUCUUAUUGGUUUUGAUACCGCUGCCUUGAUUGAUUUGCUGAGAGUUUUUGUGAAGUAAAUAAAAGGAGAAGUAACAUUAUACGGAUGACAAAUUGCGUUGAGUAUCCUUUGAUGUGUUAAUUACUAUUUAAAACAAGUAAACGAGUGGCAUGGCCAAGGUAAGAAUGUCCUCGCCUAUAAUCCAUCUUAACAUUGUUCAGUUAUUGAUGCUGAAUUAACUCUCCUAAGUUGAUCAUUUUACCGUCAUUACCUGACACUCGUUAGUACUGUCUACUGACUUCCGCAAAACUUAUGGUAUGGUUGGAUGAAUAGCCUAUUCGUUAAGAAUGCUCCACAAUGUGUAUCAACUAAAACACUCCCUGCUUAAUACAAAUGGUUUCACAGACGCUAUUGCCAGUGAUCGAUGAGUCGGCCUUUUUCGGUUUUCUUAUACUCCUGUAGACAUUUUUCAAAGAAUUUACUGAGAUGAUCCGUUUAUACUAAGUACGUCCUUUAAUUUUCAAGUCAUACUCAAGAGAAUGUCAAUAUCAUUAAGCAAUUGGAUGAGGCUGAGUAUGAUAUGGAGAAUCAUUGUGCAGACUGAGGAGCUUGUUAUGCGCCGAAGCCCAGUCAAGUUCAGUAGCACUAUGUCAAGUUUAUAACAUGAGAUACAAUAAUUUUUCACAAUAUCAGCUCGCUGAGAAAUAAAUUAAGUUUACAAAGGGAUUUUUUCUUCCUUGAAAGUAGUCUUUUAAACGUAACGGCAACCUUGAAUGGCUUUUUAUAUUUAUUCUGGCUGGCUUUUUCAGUCAGUAUUUCAGCUAUUUCGUCCUCGCUAAGCCAUUAAGUCUCUUAGCCAUUGCCGUCGCCGCUUUCUGUUACGUGACGUCAUUCGUUCAAUAUUGGAUGAAUGACGUGAAUGUUUCAAAAUUUGCAGCUUCAGAAACAGACAUUUCUUGAAUCAAUAUUUAAAAGAAAUGGACGCUGUUUCUGCCAACUGGACGUGCGAUAGUUGAUUCCAUAUUAUAUAGUUUCUAUGAAGACGUGACGAAUUUUUACGUCGAUUCCAGCGCGUAGAAAAUUCAAGAGUUGCGGUUAAGGCCCCGUCCACACUAUACCUCAAGAAUUUGAAAAUGGAGGUUUCACUCUGA